AUGCUGUCUAGAUGUUCAAUAGUGAGCAAGCGGCUCUUCUCGACUACGAGAGUUUCCCUUGAAAAAAGUCCUACUGGAGUGGUCUUCAUGAACAUGGGAGGACCCUCAACGGUACCCGAGACAAGAGACUUUUUAUACCAGCUUUUCUCAGAUAACGACCUCAUUCCUAUCAGUAAGAAAUACCAACCAUUGAUAGCCAAGUAUAUCAGCAAAUUUCGCACUCCCAAAAUCGAGAAGCAAUACGAGCAAAUCGGAGGAUCACCAAUCCGUAAAUGGUCCGAAUAUCAAGCGAAAAAGGUGUGUGAGAUUUUGGACAAAUCCUGUCCUGAAUCCGCACCGCACAAGCCGUAUGUGGCUUUCCGAUACGCUAGGCCCCUCACCAAUGAAACCUACCAACAAAUGCUCAAAGACGGUGUGCAGAAAGCAGUGGCCUUUUCACAAUAUCCACAGUUCUCGUAUUCGACUACUGGAUCCUCCAUCAACGAGCUGUGGAGACAGAUCAAGAAACUAGACCCCGAAAGAUCCAUCUCUUGGUCUGUGAUCGACCGUUGGCCAACCCAUAAGGGCCUUGUCAAGGCCUUUGCCACGAACAUUCAAAAAAGACUUGAGGAUUUCCCAGAGGAAGUGCGGAAAGACGUGGUUCUACUGUUUUCUGCACAUUCUUUGCCCAUGGAUGUUAUCAACACCGGUGAUGCUUACCCAGCCGAAGUAGGUGCCACUGUCUACAGCGUAAUGAGCGAGCUGAAAUUCUCCAACCCUUACAGACUCGUUUGGCAAUCACAGGUCGGGCCCAAACCAUGGUUGGGUGCUCAAACCGCAGAUGUUACAGAGUGGCUGGCUCCUUCACAAAAGGGCUUGAUUUUGAUACCCAUCGCUUUCACUUCAGACCACAUUGAGACCUUAUUUGAGCUGGAUUUGGAAGUCAUUGGCGAAUCCGAGUAUAAAGAUAAAAUAAAACGUUGUGAGUCACUCAACGGCAGUGAAAUUUUCAUUGAAGGGUUGGCAGAUUUGGUUAAGGACCAUUUACAGAAGGGUGAACUCUACUCUAAACAAUUACCGCUAGACUUCCAAUUAGGAAAGUCAAAUGACACUUUUGAACAUCCAUCACAAGUGUUCGGUGAUCAUUCCAAUAAAAGCUCUUCCCCUCAAUGA